ACGAGACAAGGCUAGUAGGUCACUGUGUAUAAAGGUACUGGUAGUGAUAUUGUAUACAAUUAAAGGGACCUGUGGUGUUGAUCAAAAUUAUAAUAUCCACCCUCAUCAAUAUAUUAAUCUAUCUGAUUCGACUAGUUGUGUCUACUUCUGAUGAAGUCAUGUUCCUGUACCAUUUGCUGCAUGCUGAGAACCAAAUGACUGAACCACAGAGUUUCGAAACCAUCUUUGACUGAACUGUGUUCUUGCUCUACAUAGACAUUUGAUUAUCGUACAAAUACUGCAAUUAAUUUGCCAUUCAAGCUGUAUUAUGUUGCCCCUGAAGGAGAAAGAUCGACCAAUAGUGAAGAAGCUGCUGGAAGCUGGAUGCUGUGCCCGCUGUGUCCUGAGGUUCUGCUGCUUGGGUGUGCAGUCAGCCUACCGCCAGUCUUAUGAGGAUACAGCAAAGGAGCUUUGUGCUUUCAUCAGUGAUUCAGAGAAUAACAAAUCCCAAGAUGCAGCCGUGCUGGAGCAGCACACAGAAGACCCCCCUCGUAAAAAAAUUAAGAUGGAUGUGGCGGAGACGGACGUCCAAUCAGACGGCGACUCUGCCGUGGUUCCCGCGGUGAUGGAGGAAGGCGACGCCAAGCCGACGGACUCAGACAUGUGUGCGGUGUGCCUGGGAGUUCUACAGGAGUUCUGUGAUGAAGCCUAUGCCAUAAAGAUAUCGGAUGUGGUGAAGGCAAAAAACUACCAGUUUGACACAAUGGUACUGUCCGUCUCCCUGCCGGCCCAGCUGUCUGUCAGAGAGCACUCUUGUUGGCUGCAUGUAAAGAAGGAAGUGAGGGAGAAGUCUAUAUGCCUCGAUAAGGAUGAUGUCAUCCAGGUGAAGGAGGCCUUCAAGUGGACCAUGCAGGGUCUGAUGUCCAAAGAGCUUGGUGGCGUACCUGUGGCUAGCCAUCCAUUUGAGGUGGGCGUGGGGUUCACACAUCCAGAGACGGACUCAGACUGCCACUUCUUGGCUGGCAUCUGUUCAGACUGCUUCAGACCAACUAAGAACAAACAGAAUGUCUUCACUAGAAUGGCCGUGGUCAAAGCCCUCGAGAAGGAUUCCAAUAAGAAGUUUCUAAAAAAGUUCCCCUGUCCCCCUACACGGCCAGCGAGGAAAUGCAUCGCUCAAGACGUCCAGUGUCUUCACGUUUCUGUAUUUGUGGCGGGGAGGUACAACAAGUUCUCCCGCACGCUGCCCCAGACCCCCUGGGUGAUUGACGGAGAGAGGAGGAUGGAGUCGUCGGUGGAGGAGCUAAUCGCCGCACCCCUCUUCUCCUCUUUCCGGGCUGAGGGGUUUAAUUUCUCCUCCUCAGGGAGGGAGGACGUGGAUGUGCGGACGCUUGGAAAUGGUCGUCCGUUUGCACUGGAGCUGCUAAAUCCUCACAGAGCCAGGUUCAAUAAGGCAGAGGUCAGACAGCUGCAGGAGACCAUCAACCAGUCCUCAGACAAAAUCAGAGUACGAGAUCUACAGAUUGUAAGCAGAGAUGCUAUGGGCCACAUGAAGGAGGGUGAGGAGGACAAGACCAAGUCGUACACCGCCCUCAUAUGGACCCAGAAAGCUAUCGACAAAGACGAUAUCACGUUCUUAGAGGAAACCAAGGAGUUGAAGCUAGCUCAGAAGACGCCACUAAGAGUGUUGCGUCGCAGGCCGCUGGCCGUCAGGGAGCGCGUCAUCCACACCAUGAGUACAUGCUUUCUGGACACGCAUCACUUCCACCUGAAGCUGCGCACGCAGGCAGGGACUUACAUCAAGGAGUUUGUCCACAGAGACUUUGGUCGCACCAAGCCCAAUCUGUGUGAUCUGCUGAAGACUGAGACGGAUAUCCUAGAGCUGGACGUUGAUUCUGUAGAUGUGGACUGGCCACCUUCCAUCCCCGAGUGAGCCUCGUCUCACUGAUGCUGUUGAGGAUGCCAAAAGGAGCCCUAGUUCUUUCUGAUGGGCCAUACUGUCACCUAUUGGGCUCCGUUCCACUGAUCUCUAGAUGAUAUGGAUAGUGUCAAUAUAUUUGUUUUUCUUUCAAUAGAUUAUGUUGAAAUGACUGAAUCUGUACAGCACAUGCGCUGAGCUCUUGAACUGAUCUUAGAUAUACAUGUCUUUGAGAGCCGUAGCAGGGACUGGGUGUGAAUGGCACUGCUGACGGAAAGAACUAAAAUCCAAGUUAAUUGCACUCACCUGGUGUCCCAAGUCUGAAUUAGUCUCCUAUUAGGAGAGGAUGAAAACCAGAAGUGUUUCGGCCCUCCAGGACAGACAUUGAACAGCCCUUCUAUAGAGCAUAAGGGUAGUAUAUGGUCAGUAUUUUGUGUUUUUCCCUCAAUUGAUUUACAGAGGUUUAUGUUCAGCCUUAAAAUAAAUUGUUUACCUGUGGAUUGUCCCAUAGGCAAAAGGAGAGCAAUGCUAUACUUUUUUUUUUGUAUGAAUGAAAAUAUUUUAAUGUGAUGUAAUAUAAUAAUAUAUGCCAUUUAGCAGACGCUUUUAUCCAAAGCGACUUACAGUCAUGUGUGCAUACAUUCUACGUAUAGGUGGUCCCGGGGAUCGAACCCACUACCCUGGCGUUACAAGCGCCAUGCUCUACCAACUGAGCUACAGAAGGACCAUGAUGAAGGACCAUGAUGUCUCCCAUCAGUAUCAUGUUCCCUCAUUGUAAAUCCCAUCCAUAUAAAGGCCUGGGACAUGUUCAGUUGUGCACACAAUGGAGAAAAAAAAUUGGAACAGAAAACCAAAAAAUUUAUUUCAUAAGUCCAGGUAUGGUUCUUUGCCAUUUUGACUUACCCCAACACCGAUGUUUUAUGUUAAAGGGAAACGUGAGGCAAUCUACUUCCCCGGAGUCACAGGAACUCAUGCCUACCAUUUUAUGUCGCUGCGUGUAGUUUGAAGGGAGUUGCUAACCAUUGAUACUGCAAUUACUAACUAGCGUUAGCGCAAUGACUGGAGGUCUAUGGGUAGCAGAUACCCACAGACCUUGUCAUUGCACUAACGCUAGUUAGCAUUUUCUCGUGAAACUACCUCUAGCUUCCUUCAUAUUGGACACAGAGACAAUUGUAUCCACAAGUUUAUGUGACUCUGGGAAAGUAGAUAAAGGGCCUCAUUGCCAAAAUCCUGAUGUGUCCCUUUAAUGUAAGCUCUAGUGUUCUGUCCAUCAGGUGUGUGACACUAAAGACUUGUGGCAAGCAGAAUCAAAACCUCUGCAUCAUUCAAGACUGUUGCUUUUUGAGGUGUAAAAGUUCAGAGUUAACCAUCUUUGUAAAUUCAAGCUAAAAAGGACCCAGUGCCUUGGCUCCAAGCCAGAGCAUGUCCGUCGGAGCAAUGGCCCAGUGAGACACGGGUGCCGGCCCACGUAGAUGGAAAAAUAGAUUUACCUCAGUGUUUUACCCAAAAACAUACCAGUGGGAAUGCGCCAGUAGUUUCUUCCUCCCGGUUUUAUUUGGUUCCUAAUGAACAUGACCCUGGAUGAGACCCUUGCUGAAUAUUGUUUAGGGUAAUGCUUUCCAAAGGGUACACACUCAUUGAAAUAUCAGACGGGGGAUUAAAAUAAAACACUGACUUACGCCAUGAAAAACCCUGAAAUGUAUC